CUAUCCUUUACCAACGACGUAUUUUCCCAUUUUGAUUUUUGUAGAUCAAACUCAAAAAUCCGAGCUCUAUCAAUGGCGGGGGACAAUCGCCAUAGAUAAACUCCUCCAGCUCAACCUCAAACUGCGUUAAUUCCUUCGCCCUACUUCCCUUUGCCGCUGGACAUGGCUGCCUCGCUUGUCCUUCCCUCCUGUCCUUCCUUCUCUUACUCCGCCGCAUCUUCCUCCUCCGCCUACCACGCCUCCUUUAUAACCCGCAGAAGCAGAGAUUUCUUCUCCCACGACUCUCUCUCUCCAACUUGUACUCGUUACACCUUCAAGUGUAGUCUGCCUGAAUCGAGCAGAUAUGGUACUGGGAAACCAAUUGUUCCUAUUCUUAAUGAGCGUAGUCUACCGGAGUUCUUGGAAUCAGCUAGAAUGGGGAGACCGGUUGACAGAAGCGUUAAUCGUUUAAAAUUGUUUUCUGGAACUGCAAAUCUUGCUCUGUCUCAAGAAGUUUCAAGGUAUAUGGGUUUGGAACUUUCAAAGGUUAACAUUAAGCGAUUUGCUGAUGGAGAAAUUUAUGUCCAGUUGAAAGAGAGUGUGAGAGGAUGUGAUGUUUACAUAAUACAGCCCACUUGCCCUCCUGCAAAUGAGAAUCUCAUGGAGCUUUUUGUUAUGAUAGAUGCAUGUCGGAGGGCGUCAGCCAAAAAUAUCACUGCAGUAAUCCCAUAUUUUGGAUAUGCCAGAGCUGACAGAAAGACUCAAGGUCGUGAAUCAAUUGCAGCCAAACUUGUUGCUAAUCUUAUAACAGAAGCAGGUGCCAACCGUGUUCUUGCUUGUGAUCUCCAUUCUGGACAGUCGAUGGGCUACUUCGAUAUACCUGUUGAUCAUGUGUACUGUGAGCCUGUGAUUCUAGAUUAUCUUGCCAGCAAGACAAUUUGUUACGAUGAUCUGGUUGUGGUCUCUCCCGAUGUUGGCGGUGUUGCAAGAGCUCGUGCUUUUGCCAAAAAGCUAUCUGAUGCUCCUUUAGCCAUUGUGGACAAAAGGCGUCAAGCACACAACGUUGCCGAGGUAAUGAACCUUAUCGGUGACGUUAAAGGAAAAGUUGCUGUCAUGGUGGAUGACAUGAUUGACACUGCUGGGACUAUUUCAAAAGGUGCUGCUCUUUUACAUCAAGAGGGUGCUAGGGAAGUUUAUGCUUGCUGCACUCAUGCUGUAUUUAGCCCUCCAGCGAUCGAGAGGUUAUCGAGCGGGUUGUUUCAAGAGGUGAUAGUUACAAACACAAUCCCAGCAAUCACAGAGAACUACUUCCCUCAGUUGACUGUUCUUUCAGUAGCAAAUCUGUUGGGUGAAACCAUUUGGCGAGUUCAUGACGAUUGCUCUGUGAGUAGCAUUUUUAAAUAAUCCCAAAUUGAAGUGUGUCCAAAUAAUUCACCCCUUUGAAACAAUGCUUACAGAUUUCCCCACCUUCUUUCUAGAGCUUUUAUCUUGUGAAUUUGCUUUUCAAAUUACCCAUUCUUAAUUAUUCCUUCUACUUCUCUGUUAGAAUAAUUUCUUGUACAAAUUCCUAUUGGGAGUUCUGUAGUUUUUGGCUUCUUUCCUAAUUCUCAUCUUGCUAUUGUUUAUUAACAGGUUAUUACACCAUAGUAUUACUAA